GAUGGUCAAAAGGACAGAUAGAGAUGCAUGAUUUGGUGCAAGAAAUGGGUAGGGAAAUUGCUCGAGAACAAUGCAGUAGGUUGUUCAUUACAGAGGAUGUCUAUCAAGUAUUGACAAAUAAUCAGAGAGACGGAUAUGUUCAAGCCAUAUCCAUUGACUGGUUUGAGAUUGAAAGCCUACACUUGAAAGAUGCAAACUUCGAAAAGAUGUAUCAACUGAGGUGGCUACGUGUCGGUUAUUGUCAUCUUCUGUGUGGCAAUUCAAGUCUCCAGAAGUACCCAUUAAUUGUUUCCCUUGAUUUUCCCAAUUCUCUUAGAUAUCUUGACUGGUACUACAAAUAUCCUUUGAAAUCUUUGCCAUCAAAAUUUUCUGCUCAAAAUCUUGUUGUCCUUGAAAUGUCGUACAGCCAAGUUGUGGGGCAACUUUGGAAUGAAGACCAGAGUCCUGCGAACUUAAAAUGGAUCAAUCUUGGUUUCUCCAAACAUCUAAUUGAAGUCCCAAAUCUAUCUCGAAGUCCAAAAAUUGAGCAUAUAAAUCUGAAUGGCUGUCAAAGUUUGGUUGAAAUUCCUUCAUAUUUUCAACAUCUUAGCAAGCUUACUUAUCUUGACCUCGAGUGGUGCACAAAUCUCAAAAAUCUUCCCGAGAUGCCAUGCAAUCUUGAAUUCUUAAAUUUAUGUCAGACAGCAAUAGAGGAAUUGCCUUCAUCAGUUUGGUCCCAUGAAAAAAUAUCUCACUUAGAUAUUACAUAUUGUGAAUACCUUUAAGAGUCUUCCA